AUGCAGGAUCAAGAAGUUCAAGACAGUGAAGCCGCCGGAAGCGUGGAGGGUGGCGGCCUAGCUCAUGAAGUUUCCACUACUGCCGAUACCGACACAACUACUGCCAUGGAACAAACCACUGUUGCUACCGGUACCACUGGCAUGCAUGAGAGUGAUACCCACGAGCUGAAAGCAGUGGAAAGGAAAAUGACGCCCGAAGAAAAGGCUCACCGAGAAGAAAUUUUGCGAUUGACCGCGACUGCUGCUAUUACCACUGCUGGUACCACUGCCGUUACUCAUAUGGAAGAACACGAAGCAGCAGAAGACCAAAAGCCAGUAGCCAAAGAAACACAAGAAAACCAGGGAGUUGCAGAUGAUGAAAACAGCCACAGCAAUGUGGAAGAUUCUGCUUACACGGCUCUUGCUGGCAUGGCAGCUCGAUUGGACAACCCCCACCAGAGUGGUCAGCUAUCUUUCUUUCCGGACAACAACAAGAAAGACCCCAAAACAAAGGCUCCGAAUGUACAUACUACAGUCGAUACUGCUUAUUCUGCACUUUCCGCCAUGGCACACCGGUGGGAUAACCCACAAGAGAGCGCCAACGGCUGGUCACAAUACUAUUGGAGGGGAGACUCCUCUAUUCGCGAGAGACGCUUCGGAGAAUGA